CCGUCGGUGACCACCUGCGGGGCUGCUUCGACCGCGAGCGGACCGCCGCGAGGUCCUACGAGGCUACUCUCUCGGCGCACAGAACCGAUGGCGCCGGCUGUUGUGCUCACGCACGUCGAGGACCCCUAUGCGUCGCACUGGAGCUGCCGCGCAAGGGCCCCGUACGCGGACGAGGCGCCGACGUUCGACGACCAUUGGACCUGUCGCGAGCGGCCGCCGCCGGUGAGCACGCCGCGCAAGACGUUCCUCGCCCGCCGCGCGGCCGCGUCGACGCCGGACGUCGGACAGCCCAUGCGCCACCCCGGCGUGCUCGCGUUGCCGCAGGAUAAGACGCUCGUGAAUCUGGAGGGGAACAUCGGCGCCGGCAAGAGCACGCUCCUGCGCGUGCUGAAGGCGGCCUACGGCGGCUGCAGCGCCGUCCGCUUCGUCGACGAGCCCGUCGCGCAAUGGGAGCGCGCGGGCCUGCUCGCGGCGCUCUACGCGGGCAAGAUGUCGCCCGCGGCCUUUCAGCUCACCGCGAUGGUCACGCGGGCGGCCGCACUGAAGGAAGCCCUCGCGGAUCCUUUUGCGAAAGUGAUCAUCAGCGAGCGGUCGCUUGCGUCGGACCGUGCGGUCUUCGCGGAGACGCAGCUCUCCGGCGCCGACCGGGACGCGUACGACCUCGCUUACGAGACGAUCGAACUGCCAGCGGUCGCCGCGACGGCUACCGUGCUGCUCGAGUGUCCCGUCGAGGAAUUGACGAGGCGCGUCGCGCGUCGCCGCCGCGACGGCGAGAAUCACGUCUCGGGCGAGUACCUGCAGAUGCUCGAAGCCGCGCACGAGCGCUACUUUGCGACUCUCGACCGCGCGAGUCGCGUCGACGCGUCGGCCGCGCCCGACGACGUCGCACGAGGCGUGGUGAAUGCGAUCAACGGCCUCGUCGCGCCUUCUUUGCCGAAGCCGCGAAUGCGGUCGCCGACGAGUGUGGCGGACCUUGUCGACAAUGACUCCGACGUUUGA